CAGGCUUUCAGUAGAGCUUCUGCUGCUCUCCUCUCUCUCCCUGGGCGCAAAAGAUGUUAUGAACUGUUACUCAAAACAGAUAUUUGCUGACAGGAUCUGGCGUCCGGGGCUGAAUCUGAUCAUUCUGGUGUGGAGAUAUGAUCUAACACAAUCCUACUUGAGGAUGUGACGAUGAAGACAACACAAGAAGUCAGAGAAAAUAAGAUAAAUGAAGAGAAAAGGUGGGACAAAGCAGAGCCUUUUGAUGAAAUAAAAGCGGAUACUGAGUUACCGGAGGAGUACUAUCAUGGGCUUGAGGAUUUACCCUGGAGCCUGAACUCACUGGAGCAGUUACUGUAUAUCAGCCUGCCAGCAUGGAUACAAAGAGCUCUGCUUUGUAACUUAGCUGAGCGGUUUGGCAUCUGGACCUUUCACAACAACUUCCUGCCGUGUCGUCUCAUAUCCUACACCCUACUGCCGUACACUCUGCCUGCUUCAGCUGUCAUCUCAUUCAUCUACAGAUUUUUUUGCUGGGUGAAGAAAAUUCCCCACCAGGUUCUGAAUGCGGGCAGGGAAUUCAAACAGGAAGUGAUGGCACAUCCGUGGUUAGUCUUUACACACUUGAGAGGACUUUUGCUGAACAGAUUCCUGCUUUUGCAAAUUCCAACUUUGCACCCCACACUUGCUCUGCUUCUUGCACCCUGGUCCUGUUUCCCAUCUCUUCCUUUUACUUUCCUUCCUUGGUCCUCUUUUCCUUUACGUUCUCUUGCUUUGCGUUUUCUGCCACGGUGUCUCUCCACUCCAACCUCAAAGAACCAACCGGAGCGCAGGAGCCAGACUCAGCCUCUCUGGUCUAGACGACGAUCUCUCCUCAGCUUCCAGCUCAUCGGAUCCGGCGGUUUCUGCAAAAAGACAGCUGACAUCCUUACAGACGCAGAGCAACUAUCUUCAGCCUUCCUCCUGCAGCUCAACUUAGAGUUAGAAAUGGACAGCCAUCCUGAACCACAGCUUCAGAAGGAUCGGCUAGAUUGUGAGGGAAGUUUAUUACUAAACACAGAAGUAGAUGAGAAUCUGUCUUCUCCUUUUAUUUCUGACAUGGAUGUACAAGAGGAAGACUGAAUGACUGUGUGUUAUAUUGCAAACAAAAUUCUCUACUGCAGAAUUGUAGAAUAUGCGGUUAAUACUCUGAACAUGCCAAUGUAUACA